AUGCAGUAUCAAAUUUAUACUUCCGGUAAUAACAGAUAUAGAAGUUUGAUACCUCAGUUCAAAUGGACUACUUUCUAUUUCUACUUUCAGCCAUAUUGGAUUAUUGGAUUUUUCAUCGCUUUAAUAUCAGUUACUUACAUUUAUCUCAGUAUAGUGUAUAGUUACUGGAAAAGAAGAGGAAUUCCUUCACCAAAAACAACGUGGUUGUUGGGUUCAUACGGGACAAGAUGGAAAGAGCCUCAAGGUUAUAUAGAAUUGGAAUGGUAUAAGAAAUAUGGAAGAAUAUUUGGUAUUUACGAAGGAUUAAAUCCCAUUCUGAUGGUUUCUGAACCGGAAUUAAUUAAAAAUAUAUUGAUAAGAGACUUCAAUAAAAUACCGAAUCAAAAAGUUAGUAAUUUUGUUAUUUAA